UUGGGGGCCAUUCAUCUAAGCUAAUAUGCCGUCUACCAGAAUGGAACGAACUCAACCAACGCGGCACUGUAAACAAGAUGACAGCCCCUGGGCUGGCCGGUCUCCCUCGACGACGAAGCGUGAAGCCAAUUAUCGCCGCUGUGAAUGGAUACUGUCUGGGAGGCGGAUUCGAAAUGGUCGUCAACUGCGACAUCGUCAUCGCGAGUGAGAAGGCGAGCUUCGGGCUCCCUGAGGUUCAACGAGGAAUUGCGGCUGUUGCUGGUGCUCUGCCUCGGUUAGUACGGCUGUUGGGAAAGCAGCGAGCGGCCGAAAUAGCCUUAAGCGGCGUGCCUUUCCCUGCAUCCCAGUUAGAACAGUGGGGAUUGGUAAAUCGGGUGGUGGAACACGAUCAGCUCUUGGCAAGUGCGGUCCAAACCGCCAAAACCAUUUCAGAAAACAGUCCGGAUAGUCUGCGCGUUACACUGGAAGGUCUCCAUUAUGGAUGGGAGAUGGCAAGUGUGGAAGAAGCCAGUUCCACUUUGGUCGAUUCGUGGUAUCCGAAGCUCAUGGCUGGCGAAAACUUCCACGAGGGAGUGAGAGCAUUCGUGGAAAAGCGAAAACCAAUCUGGAGGCCAAGUAACUUGUAACACCUCACACCUAAUAAUAUGAUGAACACGAGAAUUGCAGAAAGUCAUCGAGCUGGACUGGUUUUUCCUUCGCGCGAUAAUUACAGAUACUCGAGACCAACAAAAAAGGAACCAGUAUUACGAGCUUGUUACCGCGCUAGGAACGACGCUGCGUAUUGUGGAUGUGCGUAAUUUACCACCAAUCUAUACUGACAGUACGCGAUGUAUUCAGAAACAGAGAACCACCCGCUCAAGUCUGCUCCAGUUUUCUGUGUUAGUGCGGGUGCUUGUCAAGUCCACGGCCCACAUCCCACC